AAACUUGUUGUGUGGACCAAGGCUGGCCUGGAACUCAGAGAGGUCCACCUGCCUCUUCCUCUUGAGUGCUGGGAUUAAAGGUGUGUACCACCCACCCAGCCCUAAACAAAAAUCUUUAAGAGAUUUAUUAUUUUAGAGCUGCAUCUAAAUUGCUUUUGUACUUUUGUUUUUUUGAUACUAGAGAUUGAACACAUGGUCUCUUAAGAAAAAGAUAUUUUUUAACCUAAACAAACAAAUAUAUAUCAUGGUUUUGUUUUUCCAAAAGUAAUUUAAAUCUAUUAGUGAAGUUCAGUUUUGUUAGUGGUCAUUUGUGAUUUGAUUUCCUUCUGCAACCCCUGCCAUCUUUCACAGCUAGUGAGGUCACUUCUAGGUUCUAGCUAAGCUGCCAGGAUGGAGAAACGGCCAAGGAGAAAGUACUUACUCAAGUUAAUGCUUAGUUCAUAAAAAUUGAAAUCAGGUUUUAAUAUGUGUUAACCAGUUCUAGCAUUGCUUGAUCUGUUUAUUUGGAGGGAAACUUUAGAUUAUUUUGUUUUCCAUAGAAAGAAAAUGAUCACAGAAAGAAAAAUGCCUUAAUUUGAGAAAGUUAAUUUAAGAAGGAUUUGUGAUAAGCCAUAUUUCAUUGACUCUCAGACGCUAUUACUUAUAAGACCCACCAUUAUUUGAUAUGCCUCUCAGAAAUAAAAAUGCUAAUGAAAACGAUAGACCACUAGUGGGGAGCUCCCUUUCAACAACAGAGAUGGGAACAGGCAUCUUAGAGUCAUUGAAUGGCGGGGACAAGCCUACGGGAAUGAGUCCCUUUCCUCCUAUAUGAUGGGUAUUGUGCUUUUUAUCCUGGCUACCAAAUUUCACAAUUUCAAAAAUCACAAGGAUCACAGUUUGAAUUAUUUUAGUAUGGAAUGCUUGCGGAGCGUAGCUUUCCACCAAGAAAAAACGCUAGCUUUAUGAGCCAGAACUUGAGUGUCGGUUGGGUGAAUGCCACUCAGGCAUCCUAGUGGGCUGCAGAGGCAAAUGGGCCUUGGAAGAUGCCCAGCACAAAGAGGUAACAGGAUGGCCCCAGGCACUGUGCUACCGGCCAGAGCCUUAACUUUCAUGACACAUUGUUUACUAGAUAGCAUCCAGUUUGUAUUAUAUGCAUGAAGAUUAUGCGAACAUGGUCGUGGGUAAUUGUGGCGUAAAAAAUGUAUUGGGUUAGGGUUUAGAAUACUGCAGAAACCCAAAAUGCAUGAAAGAAAAAAAAUGAGUUUGUUCUCAUUUUAGGUGUUCAGCCUAGUAGUAAAACUGACCAAAAGCCAUGCACAAAACUACCUCCCCAGAGAAAGACUGGUCCCUUCCCCUCCCCAUCACUUCAUCAUGAACAUAGUACAAGACAGCACCUUUCUGUCAAAGUUGAUGAAGAAUGCCGACUCGUUUGAGCUGAAAUACGACCUUUCAUGUGAGCUGUACCGGAUGUCCACAUACUCCACUUUCCCAGCUGGAGUUCCUGUCUCAGAAAGGAGUCUCGCCCGUGCUGGCUUUUAUUACAUGGGUGCCAAGGACAAGGUCAAGUGCUUCUGCUGUGGCCUGAUGCUGGACAACUGGAAACACGGAGACAGUCCUAUUGCAAAGCACAGACAGCUGUAUCCCAGCUGCAGCUUUGUGCAGAGUCUGAAUUCAGCCAACAAUCUGGCAGCCAGCCCCCGGCCUUCUUUUUCUUCUUCAGCGACAAACACCACGCCUUCAUUAAUUCCGAGUUUGGAAAACACUGGCUAUUUCAGCGGCUCUUAUUCAAGCUUCCCCUCAGAUUCUGUGAACUUCGGAGGGAAUCAAGAUUUCCCUGCUUUGAGGACAAGUCCCCACCAUUUUGCAAUGAAUACUGAGAAGGCCAGAUUGCUCACCUAUCAGACAUGGCCGUUGACCUUUCUGUCACCAGCCGAGCUGGCCAAAGCAGGUUUCUACUACCUAGGACCUGGAGACAGGGUGGCUUGCUUUGCCUGUGGUGGAAAAUUGAGCAAUUGGGAACCAAAGGAUGACGCUAUGUCAGAGCACCUGAGACAUUUCCCCAACUGCCCAUUCUUAAAAGAUCCACUUCAAGACACUUCGAAGUACACUGUCUCUAAUCUGAGCAUGCAGACCCACGCAGCCCGCUUUAAAACAUUCUGUAACUGGCCUUUGACCGUUCUAGUUCAUCCCCAACAACUUGCAAGUGCAGGUUUUUAUUACACAGGUCACAGUGAUGAUGUCAAAUGCUUUUGUUGUGAUGGUGGGCUGAGGUGCUGGGAAUCUGGAGAUGACCCAUGGGUGGAGCAUGCCAAAUGGUUUCCAAGGUGUGAGUACUUGAUAAGAAUUAAAGGACAAGAAUUCAUCACUCAAGUUCAAUCUGGUUAUCCUCAUCUGCUCGAACAG